UUUUUCCAGGCACUCAUGUUAGCGCCAUCAUCCAACUGGGGUAAAGAAGCUGCUUUUUACAAGUAUCUGCCAGAAGAUUUUGGAGAGUUCAUGGUCCUUUUUGAGAACGAAAAUACCGAUGUGUACUUUGACGAGGAAAAGUUGUCAAUCGGACCAUUUGGCCAUGAUGAUUAUCUUAUCGCAGGAACACCUACUGGAGUAUAUGUACGAGCCACCGGGCCGAUCUACGUAGUGGCCGUAAGUGCUAAAAACUAA